CGUCACUUGACAUUUAACAAUACUAGACAUCCUUCUUCAUUGCCUGAUAUUGCAACAGAACGCAUAGCUUCCUCCUCAAACCCGUACAGCUUUUGCUCUAUUAUCUAUUGCGCAGAUAAACUGAGACACAAUGCCUCACUCAUUCCCAUUCCUCUCUACGGAGCAGAAGAAGGAGCUCAGUGAUAUUGCUCAGAAGAUCGUCGCUCCCGGCAAGGGAAUCCUUGCUGCUGAUGAGUCCACAGGCAGCGUGGCCAAGCGCUUCCAAAGCAUCAACGCUGAGAACACUGAGGAGAACCGCCGUCUUUACCGCCAGCUCCUCUUCACGGCCGACCGCGUAGAGCCAUGCAUCGGUGGAGUCAUCUUCUUCCAUGAGACCCUGUACCAGAAGACAGACGACGGCAAGCUGUUCCCCCAGCUCAUCAAGGAGAGGGACAUGGUGGUGGGCAUCAAGGUGGACAAAGGUGUCGUCCCCCUAGCCGGGACCAACGGAGAGACCACCACACAGGGUCUGGAUGGGCUGUACGAGCGGUGUGCCCAGUACAAAAAGGACGGAGCUGACUUUGCUAAGUGGCGUUGUGUGCUGAAGAUCACUGACACCACCCCCUCAGAGCUGGCCAUCAUGGAGAACGCCAACGUCCUGGCCCGCUACGCCAGCAUCUGCCAGAUGCACGGCAUCGUGCCCAUCGUGGAGCCCGAGAUCCUGCCAGACGGAGACCAUGACCUGAAGCGCUGCCAGUAUGUCACUGAGAAGGUUCUGGCUGCAGUGUAUAAGGCUCUGUCAGACCACCAUGUGUACCUGGAGGGCACCCUGCUGAAGCCCAACAUGGUCACCCCCGGACACUCCUGCUCCCAAAAAUACAGCAACCAGGAGAUAGCCAUGGCAACUGUCACCGCCCUGCGCCGCACCGUGCCCCCGGCCGUGCCUGGCAUCACCUUCCUGUCUGGCGGCCAGUCUGAGGAAGAGGCCUCCAUCAACCUGAAUGCCAUGAACCAGUGUCCCCUUCACCGGCCCUGGGCCAUCACCUUCUCCUACGGCCGCGCCCUGCAGGCCUCCGCCCUCAAGGCCUGGGGAGGCAAGCCAGAGAACGGCAAGGCCUGCCAGGAGGAGUUCAUCAAGAGAGCCCUGAACAACAGCAAGGCCUGUCAGGGCAAGUACGUUUCCUCUGGAGACAAGGGCGCCGCCGGCGGAGAAUCCCUCUAUGUGGCCAACCACGCCUAUUAAGUACCCACCCCUUUCAAUAUCAAACCACACCCCCAAUCCCCCACACUAUCCACUCAGCUGAUACAGUUCUGGCCCGACCCCGCCCCCUUCGUGGGUCUAUUCCUGUUACUUGUUUCUUCCCAAAACUCUUUCCCUCUUCCACUUUUUUUUUUUUUUUGCUUUGGACUUGUGAUGUCACUGUUAUGUUAUGUCUAAUGCAGGAGCGUUGUGUGUUUCGUCACCUUUUAUUAAAUUUUAGCACUCAAACCCCUCCUCCCCCAAGAGAAGAAUAUGUGAUCCUCUGCCCCUAGUCACUCCCCCUUCGCUGCUGAGCUUGAGAGCUCCACCUCUUUGUCCCCACCCCCGCUCUGCUUACAAGCUCCUCCCCCAGACUAUCCCUCGUGAUUCAGUGUUGUCAUCUUGAUGAUUCCUAAGUACAUGUUCCUUCUUCUCUCGACUGAAACAACCACUGGAGGAAGACCUUGUAGAGUAUAUUCUUAAUGUAUGAUAUUCUAUACACUGGAAAUAGAAAUAAAGAAUCAUAUUCACUAAA